UGUGACUUAUUGGAAUGGGAAGAUCUCUACGUAGCGGGACGACUCCAUAAGCCAGUGUAUUAUUUGAAUACGAAGUUCUCCAAUCGGGUAGCAUCAGCUUUAUCGAAGAAUCUUCGAUCGGCAGUACUUGCGGCCUUGUUAAUUCUUCCACCAGAAUUUAGUGAAGAAAUGCUUUUCAAGACAAUAGCCGGCAUUUCAUACUCCGGCGAUGUUCGUAUGACAUUUGGUGAGGACCAAAAUAAAGUAUCAAACAUCGUGGAAGCUCAAAUGCCUGCCUUCCGAGAAUUAUACGGCCCUACCUUGGAUACCAUGAAGGAUUGGCUGGAAUUUUGCAACCGAAGGGCCAUAUUCGAGCAAGAUAUCACUCCUGCAGCAAAAUUCCAUCAUCUUAACUUGUUGCCGAGUAACGUUUCCGAGGGUCUAACAGAAAUUUACAAAUCGCGCAAGAUGGGCGGCUCCAUAGAAGAUUGUGAAGAUGCCAUUCUUGCUGCUGCUCACGAUCCCGAUGCUCGAGAUAUCCUUCUUUGGAGAAUGUCGGAAAUUGUGAAAAAAUCGAGUGCUGGUCAGGCUGUCAAAGGGGCCUGCACAGCAGGAGCGAGGAAAGCGCUUUCAUAUGGGGGUCAGAAAGUGUUGAAAUGGUUAACCAGUGUGAGGAGAACCACAAGAUGUCGGGCGCCCGUCAUUCGUUCGUUCUCAGCUUCGACUCAGCCCGAGAAGAAAAUUGACGGAAAAGAUGCCUUGCCGCCCGCGGAAUACCGUCAAAUUUUCCCUGAAUUUCUCCCGAAUCCUCGAUUAGAUUGGAGGAACAAAUUAAGGGAAAANGAAUUUCUCCCGAAUCCUCGAUUAGAUUGGAGGAACAAAUUAAGGGAAAAACUGGAACGAGCCGACAUGCUUCAACGUCGGAAGCACAUUGAAAUACCCGAGUUCUACGUUGGCACCAUUAUGGCUGUCGUAGUGUCAGAUCCGCAUGCACCUGGGAAAUCAAGUCGCUUCCUGGGUGUCUGCACUGAACGAGGAGAAAGCGGAUUACGCGCUUAUUUCGUUCUUCGGAAUUAUAUCGAGGCACAAGGUAUUGAACUGCGGUAUGACUUGUACAACCCGACGAUACGAAAAAUCGAAGUGGUACGUCUGGAAAAGCGUCUCGAUGACAACUUGCGAUAUCUGAGGGAUUGCCCUUCCGAAUUCAGCACGUUCCCGCAAGACAUGGAGCCAGAGUAUUUACCGGAUGGCGCACCGGUUCCUGUGAACGAACUAAAAGUACCGUUGAAACCACAACCAUGGAGUGCCAAGUGGCAUCUGUGGAAUCUCAAAGGCGUCGUUCCUGAGACCUACAUGGACACGUUGGCGCACUGGCAGAAGAAACGUCUCGCGAAUGCGAAGCGUAUCAAUGCCGAGUCCCCCAUUUCCCCGUACAACAAAUACGAUCUCAUGCGAGCGUAUCGUAAGAGCAUUCACGAAGAAGACCAAGCAGAAGUGUUCAAUGAAGUGAAGACUGCGGUGGGUGAAGUGUCGCGAGCCCAAACUCGACUGAAGCGCGUUUACGUACGUCCCAAGAAACGCGGAUGAACGUGGUUAUUAGUGUAUUCAUUUCCUUGUUGCGGUGAAAAAAGACGGUUGCAGUUAUCGCAAUCAUGAGUUGUGAUA